CAGCGACACACAAAAACAGUGGUGGUUGACAAGGACGACAUGGGGCGAUCUGGGAAGCUGAUGGCCCUGGUGGCAGGGGUGUUUGGGAUGUACCUGUGCUACAGCUUUGUUCAAGAGCUGUUGUUUCGACAGGGAUUCAAGCCAUUUGGCUUCUACAUCACCCUCAUCCAGUUUGUGUAUUACAUCCCGCUGUCAGCGAUAGAUCUCAAGCUGCGAAACAUCAAGAUUAGCAGAACAAGCUGGUCCACGUACGCUGGGCUGGCGUUCUUAACCGUGGUCACCAUGUCAUGCAGCAAUGCAGCUCUCUCCUACGUGUCCUUGCCAGUACAGAUUAUAUUUAAGAGCUGCAAGCUGAUCCCUGUCAUGGUGGGAGGCAUUCUAAUUCAACGGAAACGCUAUGGGGUGAUGGAUUACUUUGCGUCGCUGCUGCUCUGCUGUGGCCUGGUUGUGUUUGCCACCGCAGACAUGAGUCUUCAAGUCUCCUACCAUUUCGCAGGGAUUGUGCUGCUGUGUGUUGCGCUGUGUGCGGAUGCCGUGAUCGGCAAUGUGCAGGAGAAGGUGAUGAAAGCAAACAGCGUCACGCCAACGGAGAUGGUGUUUUUCUCCUACUCCAUCGGCACUGUCUACCUGCUCAUCCUCACGCUCAGCACAGGGGAAUUCGUCGCAGGGUUCAACGCCUUCCUGCACGUAUGA